AUGGCUGAAUCUACAAUGGAUGCCAUUGUUGGCUCACUCCUCAUUCUCUUCCCCAUUACGCUCUUUCUUAUUUACUUGAAGGACCUUGCUGUUGAGACUGUCUUGGCUGCUUACAAUGCCAUGGUGCAAUUUCUUGAGAAUUGCCGGCGUGCCAUGGCCUGGAGCUUGUGCUUCAUGCUGUUUAUCUUUGCCUUCGCUGGCGUUAAUGUGUUCUUUGACAGCAUGAAAGCUGUUCUUGAGGGUGAGAAGACCCCCUGUCACGUUUACUACAAUUACUAG